UCCGUCAGUUUCUUUUGAUGGUGCGGAGACGUCUUAGCGAUUUCAAUGCGAAGAAAAAACAGAGAUUAAAAAGAGAAAGAAAAAGACAGAGAAUAUCCAUAAGAACCUCUUUUGACCAUCUCCUUCUCUUUUCAUUUUGCAUGCUUUACCCGAUUGGGAAGUUUCUUGUUUUUGUCCCCUCUUCACGCAUUCGUACGGAUCUAAUCUUGUGGUCAAUUAAAUCUUAGCGUUCCAAUUUGCUUAUCACUUCUUUUGGAGUUUUUAAUCUCAUGGCCGCCGCGUACGCGAGUUAUCUCCGGUUAGCGCGACUUGGUACGAGUUCAGGAGUAAAUCUGUCGACUCUCAGAUCAAUCACUUGUCCAAAACCGACAUUUGACAGGACUCUGUUCGAUCACCACGACAUUCGUUCAUCAUCAUCUCUGUUCAGACAAUCCCACGCCAGAUUCAUUUCACAACUUGUCAAAACCAAUGGCAAACGUUUACAUCUCGUCGAUACACUCGCCUUGGUUAGGAGCUUAGAAGCACAAGGACUACCUUCACAGCAAGCCGAGGCAAUAACAGGUGCUAUAACUGAAGUUCUGAAUGAUAGCUUGGGAGUUGUUUCUCAGUUGGUUGUUUGCAAGGGAGAGAUGCAGAAAGCUGAAAUGACUCAGGAAUCAAACUUAUCCAAGUUCAAAAGUGAAAUUAAUAGUUCACUGGACCACCAUUUCUCUCUGCUGCAACACGAGAAUGAGAAACUCCGCAAUGACAUUGAGCGAAUCCGCACUGAUAUAAGGCAUGAGAUAGAUAAAGUCACUGCAGGACAACGGUUGGACCUUAAUCUUGAAAAAGGGAGGAUAAGAGAUGAGCUAACAAAUCAAAAUGCCGAAACCUCUAACCUCACAAACAAGCUUGAUCGUGAGAUCCACACUUUGAGAGCGCAACUGGAAGCGGCCAAGUACGAGGUGAUCAAGUAUUGUAUCGGUACACUUGUCUCCAUCUCAGCCGUUGGUCUUGCCGUCCUCCGUAUCGUUAUGUAACUCCCAUAGCUGACCAACUCCCAAUCAUCUUUGCUGUUUUUUUUCAAGUCUAGGAUGAAAUCUUGGUCUGAUCUCUCCAUCUUUGUGAAUUAUUCCGAUGUUUAAUGUAAUUUGAUUUCCUUUAUUACAAUAUAUGACAAAAGAAAGAAAAAGUUUAACCAAUCUAUGAGAUUUGCGAACAAUGUAUAUAUGCUUAUGUUUCUUU